UCCACCGUCAGGAGAGGCUUUCGAGAACGCGAGCGCCGUUGACCAGGCUUGAAGAACAGAUCCGCGAUGAACCUUCAUUCUGCACGCACACUUCAACGCCAUCCGUACACUUCAACGCCAUCUGGUCUGGAGAAUCCUGACGUGGUUUGAUGCUGGGGCAGCUAGCUGUUAAUGGAUCUCAAGUCUCAUGGUGGCGCUUGCUUCACCGCGGCAAACCCUUGGAGAUCGCUGGUUGCAAAAGAUGCAAUUAAAAACAACCCCACGUGUUGUUGCCAACUCUCGUCAGCCCCUGCUCCAGCUCCAGCUCCAGCUUCUUCCAUGAAUCGGCGAGUGACUCCAACGACAAAUCUUAAUCAUGAUUGCGAUGGUGUCAGCCAGCCAAAUCGCUCAGUGGUGCUGUCUCCCCCAGCCUGCUCCGAAAUAAGGGGGUGGGGGGAAGGAGGUAUCGCCAGGCUUUCGCUCAUUUCGCCUAGAGAGUACCCAGAACGCCGUUUCCCAGAACGCCGCGGCCUACGAGCAAGCCACAAAAUACCCGCACUCAUUCGAUCAACAACAUCGGAAGCCACAAUAAUGAGUCGGGCUGUGCUCUCAGCGACGGGAUGCAUUGUGCUCAACUGCUACCUAUCGGGAAGUGAGCACUGCAGAACGACAAAGCCAACGGGUUCGGUCGCGUUGCCCGCCACCCGGCAUCCAUCUAAAUAAUAGCCAGAACGGCGUCCUGACCCAUCGUUCCUCGUCCACAUAAUGAUCGCCAAGGCGAAGGAAACAAUCAAGCAUGGGGUGCCUGACCAAGCUUCAAUCAUCACCCGUGCGCCGAGACGCUGAGUACUAGAAAGUCCAGAGUCAGGAUGCAGAACCCUUUUUGCCGUUAGAUGCCACCCACCUACGUAUCCUGGCAGUGCCGUUUUCCCUCGUCUCAUUUCGG